UUUUAUUUAAAAAUUAAUGUCUACGUCGGGAUAGAUGGCGUUUGCGCCUAUUUGAUUAAUAAGGUUUUUUGCUGUCAUAAAUUUAUAAACGUUUUACUAAUUUUAACAUAUUUAAUCAAAAUAUGAUAAAAUAAUUAUUGAUUUAUAAAAAUGUGGAAAUAUUAUUGUAUUUACAACGUAUUAAACGUUAUACUUGCCAAUACAUGGGCCCACGAAGUAAAAAAUUUCGAUGAUACUAUUUUAUUCAAAAUUAAUUGGCCAGACAAAAGUAAUACAGAAUUAUUAAAACCUGAAACUAAUGUUGAGCCUUAUUUUAUAACAACUGCAAAUAAUGAACGUUAUCAAUGUUUAAUACCAGAUAUGAUAGAGCAAGAACAUAAUAAUGCUGAAAUAUAUAAGGGAUCAAAUCCAAUAGAAAUAUUAUCAAUGUUAUUUCGUCAAAAUACUUGUUCUUAUAGGUUAGAGUCUUAUUGGACUUAUGAAUUAUGUCAUGGCCAUUUUGUGCGCCAGUAUCAUGAAGAUAGAGAAGGAAAAAAGGUCAAAACUCAAGAAUAUUAUCUUGGUAAUUUUGACAAAUCACAAAAUUUCAAACUUUCCGUUGAAUACGAUGAAUUAGCAAAAAAUCCUGAUAAAAAGUCAGAGAUACCAGUAAAGAAAGUAGAUGGAAUAAAUAUGCCUUAUGUUGAAAUUAAAAUGGGAGAUGGUACACUUUGUGAUAUAAGCAGUAAACCAAGAAUGAUAAGAGUUCUAUAUGUAUGUUAUCAGCAUGGCAAACAUGAAAUAUUUUCAUUAAAAGAAACAUCUAGCUGUGAAUAUGAGGCCAUUGUUCUAUCUCCAUUGCUUUGUUAUCAUCCUGAUUAUAAACCACAAGACUCUAAGGAAAAUGAAAUUGAAUGCCGUCCUGUGGAUAAUACACCCAAGAAACCUAGAGCACUUGUUGCAAUGGAAAUGGAGAGUUUGAAACUUCGACAUCAAAAAGAUAACAAGCUGCAGAAAAUCUAUGCGAUCUUCCAUGUAGAUAAGGAGGGCCAGGAUGGUGAUGCUCGUGUAAGGGUUGAAAUACGACCAGUAGAUGUUGUUGAUAAACAGAAUGGUGAGGAUGAUUCUGUUAAUUCGUUAAUAGAUCAAAACAUAACUCCUGCAGAAAUUAAUUCGGUCCAAAACUUUCUUAGUGGCAAAAAUUGUUUACAUGGAGGAAAUGGUUGGUGGAAAUAUGAAUUCUGUUUUGGACGUUCUAUAGUCCAGUAUCAUACAGAAAAAGAUGGUACUAAGACUACUGUUAAUCUUGGUAAAUUUGAUAGACAAAAACACUUGGAGUGGAUUGCUACUCAUCCUUAUAAGAAACCAGGACCACCAGAAGUGCGUAAAUAUUUAUCACAUUUUUAUAGCGAUGGAAGUAUUUGUGAAAAAAUUGGCCAAUUACGACAAACUGAGGUAAAAUUAAAGUGUGUUGAUAAUCAUAUGGGCAGUCCAUCCAGUAUAUCAUUAUUCUUAUUAGAACCAAAAACAUGCAAAUAUGUGUUAAGAGUUGAGUCUCCAUUAAUCUGUGAUAUUUUAGAAUAUGCAGAUGAAAAUGGUCUUUUAAAUGAAAAAUUCGAAACAGAUUUUGCUAAAUUGAAAAUAACAGCUCUUCAUGUAGAACAAGAUGAUUUAGAUGAAAGAAUAGCUAAUGGAGAUGAUUAAUGAAAAUUGAUUUUUUAUUAAUUUUUAAUAAACGAAUAGGAAAGGUACAAUUAAUUGUAAUUUAUAAUAAAAUUGAUUUAAUCACCGUGAUUAUUACAAAACAUAAUCACUAAUAUUGUCAAUUGUACUUUUCUCAUAUAAAAUUUGUGUAGAAUUUUGUAAA